AUGCGCGGAGCAGCUACCCGGUGAGUGAACGUGUCCGUCGGGUUAGUGUAGUUUAAGGGACUGGAGAUCCAGCAGCUGCCGCUAUGGCACCGAUGGGCAUCCGGCUGUCGCCGCUCGGAGUGGCCGUGUUCUGUCUUCUCGGGCUCGGCGUGAUUUACCACCUGUACGCCGGGGUCCUCUCCAGCAGACUCGCCGCCUUCAGGCAGAAGAGGACGGUGGAUCUCCGGGAGCUCCUGGCUCUGUCCAUAGAGGCCGCGGUGCAGGGAGGGAGAGAGGUGAAGCGCAUCCGACUGGAGGACGCCCUGGAGGAGAGAUCUAAAGGGAAGACCAAAGAAGGGGCCAGCGAGAAGCUGACGCUUGGAGACCUCAACUCGCACAGGAAGAUGUAUUACCUGAUAAAAAACACCUACCCUUACUUGCAGGUGAACUCAGAAGAGCAUGAUAACUCUGAUGGAGAAGCCACCAUAUGGACCCGCAACAUCCCUUCUGAGAUCCUGAAUAAGAUCCCGGAGGGUAAACUGGUGCCCGCAGAGAGUGUGACUGUGUGGAUUGAUCCGCUGGACGCCACUCAGGAAUACACAGAAAACCUGCGGAAAUACGUGACGACUAUGGUGUGUGUGGCUGUAGAUGGAGAUCCUAUUAUAGGCGUGAUCCACAAACCCUUCACUGGGUUUACAGCUUGGGGCAUGGUGGGUGGGGCGGCAAACGUGAACCGCCGUGACUCCUACAACGCAAACAACCCCAAAGUAAUAGUGUCCCGCUCGCACGCAGGCAAAGUAAAAGGCUUCGUCCAGCAGGCUUUUGGGAACAACACUGAAAUCAUACCAGCAGGGGGCGCAGGAUAUAAAGUGCUUGCUCUUCUGGACGUUUCUGAUGAAGAGUACGAGAAGGCAGACAUGUACAUCCACGUGACGUACAUUAAGAAGUGGGACAUAUGUGCCGGAAACGCCAUUUUAAAGGCUCUGGGUGGUCAUAUGACCACUCUAAAAGGAGAAGACAUCGACUACUCUGGCUCUGAGAAGAAUACAGGUGGCUUGCUGGCCAGCAUUUACAUAGACCACAAAGCUUUAGUGAACAGACUACCACCGUGGGAUGAGAACAAAUACUGAGCGGCCGGUCCUGAACGCUUUGGCUUUGGACUUGUGUUAAAUGAUGAAGAACCUGUUGAAGCACAAGGUUAAGGUGACUGGCCCGACGGCAGCCGCUCAGCCCUACCCAGGAUAAUGUAAGAGAGCCGAGCGAGUAGCGCAGCUUUUCUAUGUUGAAGGAAGAGUGCCUUUGGCUGCGAUGGAUAAUGGAUUCGGUUGUGUGCGCUUAACGUUUAAAAUGUUUAACGGUGGAAGAAUUUCUCUUGAAGGAGUCUUUAAUAUUUGAUGAUACAACGUAAAAAGAGCAGGGUCUCGGUUAAGGCCGUGUUAUUAAUUAUUCAUCUCCAUGUUCAACACAAAUCUUAGUUUGAUCUCCGUUUGGUAAGUUCUCGCUUUAAGUGUAAUGCAUUGGGGGUUUAAAGUGAUGGUUUGAUGCAAAAAUUUGUGAGCUUUCCCCUUUAAUCUACAUAGUUGAUCAGCAAGGAUGUGUUUGGUGUCAUCAAACAGAACUGGGUGAACUGGGGGGCAAAUCCAUGUAAAUAAAAUAAAGCAGAAAAUUCGUACAAAAACAACAGGCCCUAACUUCUGACUUGUGCUAUAACACCUCCAGAGGGCAGCAGUGAGUAGUGUUUAAAUAUAGGAGUAGUUUGGCGAAACAAAAUGUCCAUGAUUUCCUACUUACCCCAAAUGCAGUCGAUCAGCCAAGACUUCUUUGGCUUCUUUAGUACAGAACCACAGUGGCCGACAAGACCCUAUUCAUAGUACAGUUAAAACACUGCAAACUCAUAAAUGCGCUGCAAACACAGAAAACACUCAUCAGAAUCACUGAACCUGAACUACAUCUCACACACGUGCUGCACAUACAGAAAAUACUUUCAUCAGCAUGACUACAUCGGAGCUACACCUUACAAACGCGCUGGAAAUAAAAAAGAAAAAACAGGUGCAACUUCAGAAAAGCCAGUCACAACACAACAGAACUGUUUCUGGAAGACUCAGAGGGGACGGAAUAUCUAUGAUGGAAAGGCGCUGCCAGAAGUAGAUUAGACCACAGACGCUCGGACUCUCACAUCCUGUGUUCAUGCCUAACCUGACUGGCUGGUUUGCUGUCUGACAUGUCACAGCUGUGCUGUGUUAGUGAUCCGGUGUUACUAGUUGAACAUUUACAGUUACUCUCUACAGCUAAUUUCCAUCACGAUACAGUGAUUCAGUAAUCGAUCAAUCAAUCAAUAAAUAAAUGUUAACUUACUUUUACCAGUUAGUUUUUCUGCCCCGUAUCAUUUGAGAGUCUGAAUGACUCCAUCCUCUCUGAGUGUCCUCCAGAAGCACCUCUGUUGUGUUGUGACCGGCUUAUCAGCGUUUCUGACGUUGCGUGUGUUUCUGUGUUUGCAGCGCGUUUAUGAAAUGUAGCGUCGUCAUUUUGAUGAAAGUGCUUUCUGAGUUUGCAGAGUGUCCACGACUUUUCACCGCAUUUAUGAAACGCAGCUCCCAUGUUGUCAUUUUGAUGAAAGUGUUUUCCACAUUCGCAGCUCUUUUUUUUAAUUUGCUUUAUUUGUUUGUUGGGUCUUCUCAGUAUAGAACAGAAGAUAUGAGGCUAACGUUGCUAACAAACUCUGGAAGUCAGUAGCCACCCAAACUGUUAAGCUGUAAAUUCGUCCCCAGAAUUUCUCACCUGUUCAAACCACUUCUGGGCAGCCAUUUGGGAAAACUGUAAUCUCUUCUUUGCUGAAUACAAUUUGGUACCAUUCCAUGCAAGAUGACCAAAGAUGGUUAAUUCACAACACAGAUGCACUGCAGCGUUACUCACAAAAUCAAAAUAAUAAUAUUAAUAAUAAUAAUCACUUCAUUGAGGUGUGAGGUAUCAGUGAUGAUGUUCUGGACUACAUCGAUUUCUUUGUUCUCUUUUUGCAAAAUGGAACGCAGCACCUCAUUUUUGUAGGUUUAUCAUUAUUUGAUAUGCAGUUACAGUAAGUAAGCCUUAACUAUUACUGUGCUAACAUUACGUACCUGCGUUUUACAACACGUCCCUGUGCUCCAGUCUUAAGUUUGAACAGGACCAGAAGGCAGAACGUUAUGUGGAUGAUAAUGUAGUUUAUGUAUCUUAUCACUGUUAGUUUGAACCAAGUACAUAAAGCUUCUGGCGUGCAUUUGUGGAAACGAUUUUGGUGACUGUUUGCUUCCAGUGUUUGUUAGCACUGUUAGCAUCGCAGCUCCAGUUCUAGACUAAAGAGGCAAAACUUGGACGGCAAAUGUCGUGGCUGAUGGGCUGCAUCUGGGUUAAGGGGAAAAUCAUAAAAGUUUGAUUUAUCUGCAAACUGUCUCUUUAAUGUUUGUUAAAAAACAAGCCAGCGGUGAGUGAUUUAUGUUUAUUUGAUGUUUGUUAAUAACUAAUCAGUCAGUUUGGCCACUUCAGACUUGUACUUGCAUAC